GACUGUGACGGAGGAGAUGUUUCAUUGGGCAUACAUGAAGACCUGGUGGAGCGGUGGCAAAUCUGAAACAUGCCUGUCUGUGUGUUGUGUGAAGGAGAAAGUUUUGAUUGUACAGACGGACUUUAUUAUUGUCAGAGCUGCGGAACACAGUCCCAGGACGUCAGAGAUGAACAAGUCGCUGCAGAGGAUGUAGAGGUGAAUGUCCGUUUGCAGGUAGCACAACAGAGAAAACGAGGACCACCGAAACAAUUCUUUGGAGACAAAGGCAAGCCAUGGUUUAUGUAUGAAGCAUUUCAGUUUAUCAUCAAAGCUCAAGUCGAAUAUCUCAUCAACCUUGGAGUUGACCCAGCGUUGAAGGAUGUUGUUUUCAAGCUGUGGUACAAGUACUUACAGGUGACAGGCACUGCCUUUACAGGUUCUCGUGAAGGUACUCUGCCGACUAAAGGAUCUAUUUUCUACUGUCGUGAUGCCGAGCUGUUGGGCGUAAAUAAAAGAAAGAAGAGUGGUAAAAAAAAUAAGGUGGAUGAUGAUGAUGAAAACGAUGAUGAAUUAGAACUAUGCUCACAUUUCAGUGAUGAGGAAUUUUAUGAAGAUGAUGACCCUUUGAAUGUUCCAUCAAAAGAUAACAGUGAUGCUGAUGACAUAAAUCGUGGUGAUGACUGGACUGCAUUUUCUGAGAAAAACCAUAAAACAACUGAAGACAUUCCUGCGAGUGAAGACAGCUCAGAUAGCAGUGAGGAUGAAUUUGUCGGUUCACUGACAUUAAAUCAACCCAAGGGAACGAAGGUUGAGAGUGGUCAUGUAACUCUUCAGACCACACUAGCAUUCUGUUAUCUUGGCUUGCUUUGGAUAAAUGAACCAGUUUUUGUCAGUGACUUGGUGAGGUGGGCUAAACAGAGUCAGCUUCCAUACUUCCAGGCAACCAGACAUAUUCCUCAGCACAUGAAGUUUGGAAGUGGUGAUUUCAGUUGCUUGUGUCCCCUAAGUGUACCCCCUGUAUCAAAGAUUCUUACACUGGCAAAGCGGAUUUCCAGAUUACUGCAGCUUCCGCAAUUUCCAGAACCCAAGUGGUCCACGUACACUGCGCGUUUUAUCAUAGAUCUGCAUCUCCCAGGUUUUCUGCAUGGUGUUGUUCGUAAACUGACAGAGAAGGUUAAAAUCCACAUGAUAAUCCAUCCAACUUCAGACAAGCGGUCGUGGUCUUCCAUUCCUAACUUUGAAGCUGGCGCCAUGGCCUUCAUUGUGGUUGCUUUAAAACUCUACUAUGGACUUGACGAUAGAACCGAAAGGGAGCAAGAAAAAUUAGCCACCCCCACAGAAUCAGGUCCCAACAGCACCUCUCAUGACACCAUUCCUCUGUUCACUGAUUGGCUGAAAAGCUGGAAGCAUUGCGAGGCUAAGAAGUUCGAAAAUGGCGUGCCUUGGACAGACGAGCAGUUUAGACUUGUUCAAGAUCCCACGGCUUAUUCUGCCUUUUGUAAAUCGGACAUCUUUGGCUCGUGGGAACCCGCUGACCGGGUUUACACUGGAAGCCAGCAUAAAAACUUACGUGCAAACCGUAUUACAAACGAGGAAAGCCAGGAAAAAUACGCGCAACUCUUUAAGAGUCUUAUGACCAGUGAACGAGAGGAGGAGUUCAAUAACACGGCCACGCCCAAAGUCACAAGCUUCCCAGCCACGUGCGAGCACGUGGCUGACGCUGAUAAUGGACCAGCGCCCUGUUUCGACAGAACACACUCUCGCGGAAUUCAAACAGAGAAGAUCUUUGGAGAUCCUCUCCGAAAGGACAAUGAUUUGAGGUACAUCAAGUACUCGGCGAAUUGUGCCGAUCAGAACUCAUUUCACAGCUCGUAUGAAACGUUGCUGACAAUUUUGGCGGAUCGCAUUGAGAUGAAUCCAAUGGACUUACAUACUGCAGUCAACAAACUUGAGAACGCUUUACUUUUUGGGCACAGUCUUAAAGGAGUCUUCUAAUAUAUAAUUACUUUAUAUAGAACAGGUUUUCACAGAGCCGGGUCUUUUGAUGAUAACAGUCCAUGGUCCAUUUUCUGACAUGUGGCAAUUCUGACAGUGAACUGGCAGCCCCUAAACCUUGCCUCAUUCUUUACUCGUGGGCAAGGUUGGUGAUUCGUUUACUACGGGUAGCAAAAAAGCCAGUCAUUAGAAUGUAAACUCAACGGGAAUUAGAGAACACAAGAAGUGUUUCUUUUAGGAAACGCCUGCUUGAGCGCGUUCUUAAAUUUUUCAAGUGUUCUUUAAUAACCGGAGAGUCUUCCGGCAAUCUAAUGCCUGGAUUUGCUUUUGUAUAUUGACGCUUUAUACAACGAUUUAUCGCACACGAAACGUUAAAGCACGGUUUUGUAUGUCUCAUCUCCUCUGAUAACACAUUUGAUGUACGCAGAAUCUGAUCCGUAGUACAACAGCGCAUAGAAAUCAAGAAAAAUUAAAACACUCUUUCAAACUUAAAUAUUUUAUUCACAAACUAUUCACAUUUAAAAUAUACUAGGUUUUAUAAUUACUCUCAGAAGCAUAUAUGCUUCUGUUACUCUAUAUACACUGUGCAGAUGUGCACGUCUUUGUGCCUGACUUUCUGAAAACCUCCUUGGAAAUAAAGGAUUCUCUAACAAUAAAAAAGAACGAUCUAUUCACUUUUAUUCUUGUAUACUUUCAUUUAACCAAACUUGCUCAGUAAAUCCAAUGAAUUAGUCUGUAAUCGAACAAAUUUGGCGAAUUCAUGAAAGUUAUCUAUUAUUGAUCAAAUAAACGGUUUAUUAGAUCAAUAAUAGGUCAGUUUCAUAAUUUGCAGUUAUUGUAUAAUAGUUUGUAAUAACUUAGCGACCAUUUUAUUAGAGUAAUCUCUAUUCAUAGCUGUUAUAUAUGGUCUGACUUUAGUGUGCAAAAAUCUAAAUUGCCCUAGGAAUUUUUAAUGGCUCAGAAGCCGACGUGUCAGCCGUGUAAUUAAUAUAAUAUUGAUUAUCUUUCAACUCAGUUCAUUGGCUAAAUAACUGAUGUGUAUAACAAGUGAUGAUAGAAGUUUAGUCUGUCAUGGCGAACCAUGGAUGCUGCAGAGUUUGUUUCAGGGUUGGACGAUUGCUUGGAG